CCUGGCCAAUUAAUCUUGUCCACUUCACUUCACUCCUCAUUUCUCAAGCUCACUUGCAAACAACAUUCACCCUCCCCUAAGCUUGAGCUUCUUUCUCUUCACAAUGUCUUCACGAACACCGCCACCAAAGCCUCCAUUUUUCCUCUCUUUUUUUUUCCUCCUCCUCUCCACCACCGCUAAAACCACCAACACCACUGCCACUACCACCACCACCACUACAAUUGUCUCACCUACUCCCUCCCCUAUCCCCUCUCCCACUCCGCGUUCCACUACUCCUUCUACACACUCCACAUUAGACCCAAAACAAAUCAGAGCACUUCAAUCUCUUGACAUACCCACUUCAAGAGACCCUUGCAUACAGCCUUCCCCUCAUAACUCCACCAUUUGUGACUCUUCUUCCCCUUUCCGUCACCUUGUUUCUCUCCAUCUCUCUAACUGCUCAUCUGAUGUUUCUUUCUCCUACACUGCCUUAAAAUCUCUCUCCACUCUCCAAUCUCUGACUUUUACUAACUGUCCUAUUACUCCUAUUCGCUUCCCUUCAGAUCUUGCCCUUUCUCUCCACUCGUUUACUUGUAUUCACUCUCUUAAACGCCUUACUGGUGUCUGGCUCUCUCAUUUUGUUAAUCUCACCGAUCUCACUGUAAGCAAUGUGCCUAUCAAUGCUAGUGGUCUUUUUGUAGUUCUUGGUAAUAUGCAUAAGCUCACGUCUGUUACUAUCUCAAAUGCUAAUGUCACUGGUUAUAUACCUAAACACCUGCAAUUUAAUCUUACCCUUGUGGAUUUUUCGGGUAAUAAGCUCAAAGGAAGAAUACCCAGUUCAAUUUCAGUUCUUGAAAAUCUUGAAAGUCUCAAUCUUUCCUCUAAUGCUCUUACUGGUGAAAUACCCACUAACAUUGGUGACUUGAUUUCAUUAAAGAAUGUAUCUUUGGGGUCUAAUUCAUUAUCUGGAUCAAUCCCAGAUUCGAUGUCAGCAAUCCCAGGUUUGGUUCAUGUUGAUCUAAGUUCAAACCAGUUCAAUGGGACAAUACCAAGAUUUUUUGCAGAAAUGAAGCAUUUGAAGCACUUGAAUCUUGCAAACAAUGAGUUCCAUGGUGUUUUGCCUUUUAAUCUUACAUUUUUGAAGAGAUUGGAUGUGUUCAAAAUUGGUGGAAAUAGCAAUUUGUGUUAUAAUCAUACAAUUUUGUCAUCAAAAUUGAAGCUUGGUAUUGCCCCUUGUGAUAAGCAUGGAUUGCCAAUGUCACCACCACCUGCUAAAGAUUCAUCAUCAGGAGGAGAUAGUGAGAGCGAUUCAUCAGAUUAUGAUGAUAGUGAAGAUGACAGUUCUAGCAACAAAGGAGAUCACCAUCAUGGACCUAAUAAGGUUGUUCUUGGUGUAGCAAUUGGGCUUUCUUCUAUAAUCUUCCUCAUUAUCUUCCUUAUUCUUCUUUCAAAAAGGUGUGGUUAAUAAUGAGAAGGUAAUGUGUCUUCAUUAAUAGUUUAGAUUAGGGGAAAUUUGGUUACCAGUGAUCAUUUUAUUAUUUGAUUUAUUAUACACUUGAGAUUAUGGAAGAGGGUAGUUGUAGAGUAGAAAGGGGAAAGAAGAAAGAGAAAAGAGAGAGAAGGAAACAUUGUCUUAUUAUCUUGUCAUGCCUUCGAUUUUUUUUUUUCUGCUUUGAUAAAUUGGAUUGAGAAAACAGUGUUUGCUUUUAUUUUCCUCGCGCAUUCGACCGUUUUGUGGUUAAUUAUUGAAUACAGAGGGGAAAGCAGGUUGAUAUUGAUGAUGCUAUAUCAUGAAUUAUGUACUUUUCUUGAGCCACAAAGAUUAUAAUGACACUUGCUAUUUCAAGUCUGUCAUUUUCUUAGAGCUUGUGUUAAAUUAAC